AUGGAGCGAAGGAGGCCCCGGACCUGCCUCGCCCUGCUGUGGGGCUGCGUGCUGGUCGCCGCCGCGGCGCAGGGCAAGGAAGUUGUUUUGCUGGACUUUGCUGCAGCCAACGGGGAACUCGGCUGGCUCACGCACCCGUACGGCAAAGGGUGGGACCUGAUGCAGAACAUCAUGGAGGACACGCCCAUCUACAUGUACUCCGUGUGCAACGUGGUGGCCGGCGACCAGGACAACUGGCUGCGCACCAACUGGGUGUACCGCGGCGAGGCCGAGCGCAUCUUCAUCGAGCUCAAGUUCACCGUGCGCGACUGCAACAGCUUCCCCGGCGGCGCCAGCUCCUGCAAGGAGACCUUCAACCUCUACUACGCCGAGUCGGACGUGGACUACGGCACCAACUUCCAGAAGCGCCAGUUCAUCAAGAUCGACACCAUCGCGCCCGACGAGAUCACCGUCAGCAGCGACUUCGAGGCCCGCCACGUGAAGCUGAACGUGGAGGAGCGCUCCGUGGGGCCACUCACCCGCAACGGCUUCUACCUGGCCUUCCAGGACAUCGGCGCCUGCGUGGCGCUGCUCUCCGUCCGCGUCUACUACAAGAAGUGCCCCGAGCUGCUGCAGGGCCUGGCUCGCUUCCCCGAGACCAUCGCCGGCUCCGACGCCCCCGCCCUGGCCACUGUGGCCGGCACGUGUGUGGACCACGCCGUGGUCCCCCCCGGGGGCGAAGAGCCGCGCAUGCACUGUGCCGUCGACGGCGAGUGGCUGGUGCCCAUCGGUCAGUGCCUGUGCCAGGAGGGCUACGAGAAGGUGGAGGACGCCUGCCAGGCCUGCUCAUCUGGAUUCUUCAAGUCGGAGGUGUCCGAGAGUUCCUGUUUGGAGUGCCCCGCACACACGCUGCCGUCCUCCGAGGGGGCCACGCACUGCGAGUGUGAGGAAGGCUACUUCCGGGCGCCGCAGGACUCGCUGUCCAUGCCCUGCACGGGCCCGCCCUCUCCCCCAAGCUACCUCACGGCCGUGGGCAUGGGCGCCAAAGUGGAGCUGCGCUGGAAGGCGCCCCUGGACAACGGGGGCCGCGAAGACAUCACCUACAAGGUCACCUGCGAGCAGUGCCUGCCCGAGUCCGGCGAGUGCCGGCCCUGCGAGGCCAGCGUGCGCUACUCCGAGGCCCCGAGCAGGUUGACCCGCACCAGCCUGGUCGUCAGCGACCUGGAGCCCCACAUGAACUACACCUUCGCCGUGGAGGCCCGCAAUGGCGUCUCGGACCUGGUGGCCAGCCGCAGCUUCCGCACCGCCAGCGUCAGCAUCAACCAGACAGAGCCCCCCAAGGUGAAGCUGGAGGGCCGGGGCACCACCUCGCUGAGCGUGUCCUGGAGCAUCCCCGUGCCUCAGCAGAGCCGAGUGUGGAAGUACGAGGUCACCUACCGCAAGAAGGGCGACGCCAACAGCUACAACGUGCGCCGCACCGAGGACUUCACCGUGACCCUGGACGACCUGGUCCCGGACACCACCUACCUGGUCCAGGUGCAGGCGCUGACGCAGGAGGGCCAGGGCGCCGGCAGCAAGGUGCACGAGUUCCAGACGCUGUCCACGGAAGGAUCUGCCAACGUGGCGGUGAUCUGCGGAGUGGCCGUGGGCGUUGUCCUGCUCCCGGUGCUGGCAGGGAUCGGCUUCUUCAUCCAUCGCAGGAGGAAGAGCCAGCGGGCCCGCCAGUCCUCGGAGGAUGUUUACUUUUCCAAGUCAGAACAACUGAAGCCCUUGAAAACAUACGUAGACCCCCACACGUACGAGGACCCCAACCAGGCCGUGCUCAAGUUCACCACCGAGAUCCACCCGUCCUGUGUCACACGGCAGAAGGUGAUCGGAGCAGGAGAGUUUGGGGAGGUGUACAAGGGGACGCUGAAGGCGUCGGGGAAGAAGGAGGUCCCCGUGGCCAUCAAGACGCUGAAAGCCGGCUACACGGAGAAGCAGCGGGUGGACUUCCUCAGCGAGGCCAGCAUCAUGGGCCAGUUCAGCCACCACAACAUUAUCCGCCUGGAGGGCGUGGUCUCCAAAUACAAGCCCAUGAUGAUCAUCACUGAGUACAUGGAGAACGGGGCCCUGGACAAGUUCCUUCGGGAGAAGGACGGCGAGUUCUGCGUGCUGCAGCUGGUGGGCAUGCUGCGGGGCAUCGCGGCCGGCAUGAAGUACCUGGCCAACAUGAACUACGUGCACCGCGACCUGGCCGCCCGCAACAUCCUGGUCAACAGCAACCUGGUCUGCAAGGUGUCCGACUUCGGCCUGUCCCGCGUGCUGGAGGACGACCCCGAGGCCACCUACACCACCAGUGGUGGCAAGAUCCCCAUCCGCUGGACAGCCCCGGAGGCCAUCUCCUACCGCAAGUUCACCUCGGCCAGCGACGUGUGGAGCUACGGCAUCGUCAUGUGGGAGGUGAUGACGUACGGCGAGCGGCCCUACUGGGAGCUGUCAAACCACGAGGUGAUGAAAGCCAUCAACGAAGGCUUUCGGCUGCCCACACCCAUGGAGUGCCCCUCCGCCAUCUACCAGCUCAUGAUGCAGUGCUGGCAGCAGGAGCGCACCCGCCGCCCCAAGUUUGCUGACAUCGUCAGCAUCCUGGACAAGCUCAUCCGCGCCCCCGACUCCCUCAAGACCCUGGCUGACUUUGACCCCCGAGUGUCUAUCCGGCUGCCCAGCACCAGCGGCUCCGAGGGGGUGCCCUUCCGCACGGUGUCCGAGUGGCUGGAGUCCAUCAAGAUGCAGCAGUACACGGAGCACUUCCUGGCGGCCGGCUACACGGCCAUCGAGAAGGUGGUGCAGAUGACCAACGAGGACAUCAAGAAGAUUGGGGUGCGGCUGCCCGGCCACCAGAAGCGCAUCGCCUACAGCCUGCUGACGCUCAAGGAGCAAGUGAACACGGUGGGGAUCCCCAUCUGA